AUGACCGCGAUCCUACCACCAGCGAAUUUUCUAACGCUCCAUUAUGUCUAUUUCAUUGUGACAUGCCUGGUCAGCAGCGUCCUUUUCUAUCUGACUUCCACGCCAUGGAAAAAAGUUGAUUAUGUCGAUGCCAUCUUUCUGUGUGUUAGUGCGAUGACCGGUGCUGGAUUGAACACGGUCGACUUAUCAACUCUGAAUACUUUUCAGCAAGUCAUUCUAUUGAUCUUGCUCAUUAUGGGCUCUGCCAUUUUCAUCUCUAUCGCUGUGCUAGUGGUGCGUAAACGAGCAUUCGAGGCAAAAUUGCAGGUUGUCUCAGAAGAGCGUGAAGCAUCACGACAGGCGUCGGUUUUCGAAUUACGAGAUAGCAAAGCUUGCGCCGAAGCAUCGGGUCAUGAGCUCGAGGCCCAAUUUAAAUCUCGGCCACACACUGUUACCAUUGACGAGGCUCAUGGACUGAGUUCCCAUGAUGACCAUACUGCAUGGCGUGACAGCGAUCAAAUCACCGUCGCAGAUACACAUCACCAUCACCACCGGGUCUUCCCAAUGGUCGGCGUUGGCGCCAGACCUGACCUGAAUAACCACCCUCGUGAUGCCGCACCAGUACCUGUUUAUGCCAUCGAAUCACCGAAAUCAAAGCUUGAUAAUGUGAUCCGAGGUACACAGAAGUACUUCUGGUCCAAAGCACCAGUAUCCCGCAACUCACAAUUCCACGGAUUGACAUCAGCCGAACGCGAGAAACUAGGCGGAGUCGAGUACAAAGCCGUUUACCUCCUAUCAAUCACCGUCUCACUAUACCUUAUUUCAUUUCUUGCUUUGGGAAUAAUCGGAAUGGGAACCUGGUUGCAGGUAAACCAUCCAGAAAUCGCUGGCGAUAAUGGACUCUCCCCAUUCUGGACAGGCGCCUUUUUUGCCAUAUCGGCUUUUGUGAAUAGCGGCAUGGCUCUUUUGGAUAAGAACAUGACCGCCUUGCAAUUGGAUGCUUACCCGCUUCUUACCAUGGCUAUGCUCAUUCUCGCGGGGAACACACUCUUCCCCUGCUUUUUGCGGUUCAUUAUAUGGACUAUGAGGGCUCUGAUACCAAAUCAACCAUCGUGGAGAUCGUGGCAGAUGACUUUGGAUUUCGUUCUGGACCACCCGCGGAGGGUCUAUACGAACCUUUUUCCGGCUCGGCAUACGUGGUAUCUGCUUAGUACGAUCAUUGUGCUCAAUGCAAUUGAUUGGGCUGGUUUCGAGAUCCUAUCUAUCGGGAACAAGCAAAUCCAGGCUCUACCAUCAGAAUAUCGAGUUCUAGACGGUUUAUUCCAAGCUGUUGCUGUUCGUUCUGGAGGAUUCUAUGUUGUGACGAUCUCUGAUCUACACCAGGGCCUGCUUGUCCUUUACGUUCUGAUGAUGUAUGUCUCCGCGUUUCCAGUGCUGGUCACAAUGCGCAACACGAACGUCUACGAAGAACGCUCCCUCGGAAUCUACGCCAAUGACGGAUCCGAAUCCUCCGCAAAUACGAGCCGUAGCAAUGUGCUUGUCGAUCUAAUCCGACAUCACCUAGGCCGACCAACUUUCUCGGAGACAUCUCGCGGCUACUUCGUACACCAACAGCUUCGAUCCCAACUCAGCCAUGACCUAUGGUGGAUCGCACUGGCUGUCCUUUUCGUCGCAAUCGCAGAAUCAGAUCACUUCACUGCACAGCCUGUCGCGUUCGCGACCUUUAACAUCAUCUUUGAGGUCGUGUCCGCCUACGGCUGUGUCGGGGUGAGUGUGGGCUACCCUGGGAAGAAUUAUUCGUUCUGUGGAGCAUGGCACCCCGUCAGUAAGAUUAUUCUCGCUGCGGUUGCGUUGAGAGGGAGACAUCGGGGAUUGCCAGUUGCUAUUGAUAAGGCCAUUAUGUUGCCUAAUGAGUCUUUGGCGUGGGCCGAGGAAGAGGAUGCCGCGUUAAGGAGGGAGAGGAUCAGGGCUUGGGGACAGGAUCGGAUGCCUCUUGGGUCCGUUUAA